CGAGUUUAGCGGGUUUUGCGUACCGAUAAAUCGGUACGCCUCAGUUAAUUAUCCAUUCACCAAACGUUAUGAUGCCGCUCGAUGCGGCGGAGACGCGACGAAUAUCUGCGCAGUUAGCGAUGCUAGAGCAGCAGCGCGCGCAUGGAAAUCUGCCACAUGAAGACACGCCACUUCGGCUGUACAGAAUGCGCACUGGCGGCUUCGUACGCGUGUUGGAUCAGCACCCAGAGCCAAUCUCGCAGGACUUGCUGGAUACUAUUGACGCGUUUAUUAGGAGAAGCGCCGAUAGCGAAGAGUUAGAAGAUAAGGAGGCUGUUGCAGAGGAGGAAAAAGAGGAGACACGACAAGAUAAUGCCUACAAAGAGGCUGAGGUUGCAGAACAGAGCACAGUAAGUCAAGGAAAGAAAGAAGUGGCUAAUGAGGAUGCUGUUGCUGCUGGCGAAGAUGUUGCAACGGCAAUUGCCACUGUAGCAACGGGCGUGGACGACGACGACGUUGAAAAAACUCAGCCGUGUACUUCAGAUAAUGUGGACAUAGCGCCUCCGUGGGAAGAUGCAGGUGCUACAAAUACUCCACAGGAGCUAUUGGCUCGAAAUGAACGAGUAAGUGAAUGGCUGGGUAAGCAGACCAAGGUGGAGGGACAGACAACAGAGUUGCACUUGGACAUUGCGCAGCCAAACGAAUGUCCGGUGGAACCGGUUGAAAACGAACAGGGAAAGACUGUGGAUCACCCGACGCUGUAUGAACAAUGGCCGCCGCAGCUUGAAGAGCGACGCAAGAUGUGGUUUAUUCCUCGAAAUUCUGGCAGGAAGACGAGUGUCGUUGGAGCAAAACAUCAGCCUGUCGUCUACUGGAUGCACAACACACUGCGAGUGAUGCAGGGGAAUUUCGGCCUGGAAGUGGCUAUUUUACUCUCACGACGACUGUCUGCCCCAUUGGUAGUUCUAUCCUUGAUACAGUCGUCCAUUAUCUACCCAGUUUGCCACUCAGCCACAGCGAGCGAUGCAUACGCGAGGUUCUCACUGGUUGAGUUGUAUCAGCAAUUCUUACACGCUGGAGUGCCUUUCUUCGGGAUCACAGCCAAAGAGGAUGAAGGUUUAAAAGCCUCAGGUGACCAGCAAUCUUUCGCAUUGAAGCCCAAUCCACUGUACGAAUUGCUGGAUGCGUUCGAGCCGCACGCGGUAGUAACAGACGCCAUGUUUGACUCUCCAGGCAGGAACGAUCUCAUACGUUUGGCUCGUUAUUUAGAGCUGAAUCGCUCGUCUUGCUCAUGGUCACUCCUUUCUAUGGACUCUACAACCUGCUGCCCCGCCUAUCAACUCUCCAUGAAGCUGCAAGGAUCAUUCGAGCGUGGUGCUGGUUUCGCUAGUGAAGAGCAGUUUGCGGCCGAGUAUGCAUCAUUUGCUCAGCCUCGUCAUGGAACGUAUGUAUUCAGUUCCUUGCCGCGUGUUGUUCAAGAUCCAGCGCUAAAUCGGCGACGAUCAAAGAUGCUGUCCUCCGUGUUGCAGCGACUACACUUGGAAGAAGUAAACUGGCACAUCGUGAAGGCAGAAAAUGCGCAAUCCGGCACUCAGAUGCGACGAUUCAGUGAAGGAGAGGGACUCCAGAAGCUGAGCCAGCUUUUGUCAGGUUCGGAUGGUCAACCAGCUAUUCAAGCGGAGUUACGUGGUGGAGGAGUUCUGAGUCUGUUGCCAUUCAUCCGUCAUGGUACGCUGUUUGCCGGCUACGUACUGCUGCGACUAAGCGAAGCAAUCGCUUCUUGCCCAACACCUACAACUCCACAGGAACGAAAGGCGCUUGCUAUGCGGAAGGUUAUGAGAUCUCGCGCGGUGAACCACUUGGGCAGAGAGCGCGACUACGUUUUGUAUCUAGCUCUGUGGGCUGCGGCGAAUUGUGAAUCAAAAGAUUCAGCUCAACCGGAUAUGGCGUCGCUCUCGACCAGCGAAGUCAUUGCAAGCCUGAACAUGUCAGCACCGCGCACAUCGUCGUUGUAAGUUGCGUUGAGCUCUUCUGUACUGCAGUUUUGCUAUAGUGGGUAAGGUGACUAAGCUGUAUUUCGUCGCUUUCAGGAUGACAUACCAGAAGGUCUUGCCUCCUUGGGCAUUCAGCGCUGCUAGAAUCGGUGCUAUCUCUAAUGGACAAGUACCAGGCGCUGCUCUCUACGACCCAUACGAGUUGGAAAGUGCAAGGACAAAAGAUCCAUAUUGGAACGAGAUCCAAAAGUUUUCUGUGGAGCAGCAGUACCUUCACCCCCUACUAGUCGUCUAUUGGGCUUAUCGAUUGAUGACUUGGAAUGUGUCCAGUCGAGCAGCUAUUGCGACAAUCGAUUCUCUCAUUUCGCAGUGUGCGCUCGGAUCUGACAGAUCUCCUGAUGCUGUGUUUAUCGUAUGGAAGCAGCUAUUUCGCCUUGGAUCGAACAAUAGUGCGAUCAACGCGAAUAGCGAAACGAAAACUCCCAAUCUAGAUGAUCUCCGAGAGUUCCAACGUAUUCUGGAGAGCGAAAUCGCGUCCCAACCACAACUACAGCUACGUCCAUGAUCGAGAAGACAAUGCAAUUGGCAAUUAUUUAAUAGCUCCUUGUGAUAAUAGUCGUGAAAAUGUGAUUGACGUGGCGAUACGGUCGAAUGCUAGUGCUUUAGCUUCAAUGUCCAGCACAGGACCAUUUCACCUGGCAGUUAUUCACUCGAGUCUGCGAACUGAUAGAGAGCCACUUGCACUGACAAGCGUACGCAGCAAAAUCUACAUCGACCCGUCAGUAGUUGGCACUGAAAACGUCAUGUAGCAAGCCUCACCUGGAGCGAUUUCCAUUUUAACUCGAAGUUUUGUCUCGUUUGGCACAUUCUCGCGAAAGAACAUGUAGUCGGCACUGGCAUCCCAUUUCCUAUCGUAGCGUGAAACGGUGGGUUUGGUGCAUCAUGCUAAAAGUUUUUCUAGUCGUGACUUACUUGCCGGGAAAUUGCACAACAGUGAAGUCACACUCGUUACAUCGGAGAUUAGUACAUGCUCUAGGAAAGAUAGAAGCGUUAGAAUUUACUAAAUCUUCGUGAAAACAAAGUCAUACCGUAACGAGAAUGCGGUACUAAGGCCACGACUGGCACGCCCUCCAUCCAUCAGCACUUGGGAACAUCUACAAGACAACAAAGUGGAUCGAGUUAGCAACGAGUAAAAUACAAGAAUG